GCAAAAACAGACUGAAACAUGAACAUGAAACUUUUCAUUCUUCUGACACUGUUUGGAGGGGCAGUUGCCCAAGAGGGGAAUGAGAAGAUCGUAGGUGGAUAUGAGUGCCGGAAAAACUCUGUGCCCUACCAGGUUUCUCUCUACACAGACUACCACUUCUGUGGAGGGAUCCUACUGUCUAGUGAAUGGGUCCUCUCUGCUGCCCACUGCUACACAUCGUCUCCGUUGCAGGUACGCCUGGGGGAGCACAACAUCAAGGAGCCUGAAAGCACGGAGCAGCAGAUCAUGUCUGCCCAGUUUAUCCGCCACCCAGACUACAACUCUGGUACCCAGGACAAUGACAUUGCGCUGAUCAAGCUGAGCCAGCCGGCCACCUUGAACGGCUAUGUGCGCCCUGUGGUUCUCCCCGUGAAGUGCGGAACUACCGGGACCAUGUGCCAAGUCUCCGGCUGGGGAAACCUCCGCGCCAGCAACCAAGGCUCAAGGUACCCUGACACAUUACAGUGUGUUGACAUCCCCCUCCUGAGUGAUAACACCUGUCUGGAAGCCUAUUUCUUCCAGAUGACUGAAAACAUGAUUUGUGCUGGCUUCAUGGAGGGGGGCAAGGACUCCUGCCAGGGGGACUCUGGUGGCCCUCUGGUGUGUGGUGGGGAGCUGCAGGGUGUUGUGUCCUGGGGUCAUGGCUGUGCCCUCAGGAACAAGCCUGGUGUCUAUACUAAAGUAUGCAACUAUAUCUCAUGGAUCCGAAACACCAUGGCCUCCAGUUAA